ACACGCUACGAGAGGGCGAUGGUCUUGUGAGCUGCGGUUAGAGUCAUAUAGCGUAUGGCUUGAUCGUAAGCGCAACGUCUUUGAACGAAUAUUGCUUUGCGUUUCUUACGACAUAAACGGCUCUACCGCUGAAGUUAGCAAUUUCCAGUGCGCUGGGGCACUGUGGGAGAGGCGAGGACCAAUAGCAAGGAUCGAACCUCGAGUGUUUAUGUAAUCGCGAGGUGCUGCUGAAGUACUCGUCCACGAGGAAAAGUAAUGACGGAGUUGGUGUGGCCCCAUCGCGAACCAGGGCCCCAAUCUUGAACUUUCACAUAGCGGUCGUUAUCAUAAUAUUUAAAGUUCGCGCGCUCCAAAGCCGCUUUCGUAGACUCGCGUAAGAGCUUGCGGCGAAUCACGGGCCGAAGUGAUGCGGUUAACGCGCGUGGUUAGCAUGCCGGCCAUGUAUCGUCGAGACUGGGAGGUACACACGGGUUCGAAUCCCGGCGUCGGCUGUGCUGUCUGGGGUUUUCGCCGGGUAUUCCUCAGACGUUGUCAGACAUAUGUCGGCACAGUUCCCUUAGAAGUCGGCCCAGGACACUCAUUCCUUCCAGAGCGUUAGUGGUGACUUUGCCCACCUCUGUGAGGCCGACAACGACGAGCUCUUUCGGCGCUACCACCACCACCACCACCAGUUAACGCGCGGAAUGGGAUAACGACCAGUUGAAGAUCGGGCUCCAGGCCGGCAGGCAGAUCGCUCGGUAAUAACACGCCACCAACUAACCAACCAACGCGAUCCACCAGAGGUUAGCUUACCCCAGGUUCAGACCGGUUCCUGAGGUGUAAAGUGAUGUACAUGUAUAGUUACUGGUUGUUCUUAGCCUGUAGACAUGUUCUCCGUACGAAACAACUAAACAACAUCUUACUAGGUUGAUGCUGUAGCUAGCUGGCUGCCGACAAGACUUGCAAAGCGACAAUGUCGGGGUAUACAAGGACCAGUUACCGAAAACUAUGUCACUGGGUCAGCAUGAGCGACGGACGCGUACCCGCGCAUGCUGUGGUCGGCGGCAUCGACUCCGGCAGUGACAUCUACAUUGGUCGAGCUGAGCACGACGGCGACAUCAUUCCCGGCAAGGUCGUGCCCUCUCACAACGUCUGUUAUGUGCCACAUGGGGGACGUGAACAUGCGAAGCCCUCGUACCAGGUCCUGGUAGCACUGGACGAAAGUCAUUUCGGUUGGGAGCGGGAAUCUGGCGGACGAUUGCCUCCAGGCGCGGUUCAAGGCGGUGCGACAGCAGAUGGCGAGCCGCUCUACAUUGGUCGGACUUACCAUGAUGGCACCCUCACCAUUGGCAAGAUCCAAUGCUCGCACGGUUCUCUCUACAUCCCACACGGCGGAGACGAGCAUAAAUACAGCGACUACCAAGUACUUGUCUGCCGCAACGUCAACUUCUGAGCUGCGGCUCACGCGUAGACAAACAAAUACGUUGGCCCUUGGCUCUCGCGAGUUUGGUGGCGGGUUCGCGAUCUUUCCGGUUUCGGUUUUACAAUUGCCUAUGUAGCAUACUUAGUUUCGAAAGUUCGGAUAGAUGUGAUCAUUAUAUGUUGAAGUGACACCCAAAGCGGCGUGUGCAAAGCUGUUUCCAGUACCGGGGUACUGGUACGGUGCGUGUCCGGUCCUGCUACUGCUCUUGAAAAUGCUCUCACAACACAAAAUACAGUUAAGUCCCUACAAGAAAAUGUUGAAUUAGAGAUACGCUGCGUAGAGAGAAGUCAGGUUCCUCAUUUGCUCGCCCUUAUAACAUCAAGGGGUCAAAAGCACAGCUUCGCGAACUUUGACAUUUGGGGGGUCCUCCGCCCCGGCGCCCCCUAACCCUCGUGAAAGUCAAGGGCCGACUACGGGGCCGACUAAGGGCCCACAAGAUUAUCAGGAAGCUUAACUGCAUAAACUGAAAUGUUCCCGUAGUCGUUUUUCAAAACCCCUUGAAAGUGCAAUAAAGAUUGACGACCUGCGA